UUCCGCCGGAAGCGGCUGCUGUCAGUGAAGUGCUACAGGGUUUGGGCUGCGGUUUCCGUGCACCGCAGCGCCCGGCCAGGUGAGGCUUGGCCGGAGGAGCCGGAGAGAGGACCUCCAGCUUAAGCCGGGCGACGACAUGGACGUUCUGAAGUCGGAGAUCCUCCGGAAGCGGCAGCUGGUGGAGGACAGGAACCUGUUGGUGUCUUCUAUGAGACAUCCCUGAGAAAGGCAGGAGGAAUUGAUGGAAUACAUUUGGAAGGGAUUGCCCUUAACUAGGAGGAUGGUUUCCCCUUCCAUUCUGAAAUGAUGAAGGGAUUGGUACAGAUCCAGGAAAAUAAAAAAUAUUUCAAGCGUAGUGAACUUGCAAAAAAAGAAGAGGAAGCAUAUUAUGAAAGAUGUGGCUACAAGCCUAUAAAUGAGAAGCCAUCUGGAGAGAUACAGCCAAAAGAGGAUGACCAGAAACCAUUAACUUCAUCGAAUCCAGUAUUAGAACUUGAACUGGCAGAGGAAAAAUUACCAAUGACCCUUUCUAGGCAAGAGGUUAUCAGAAGAUUGAGAGAAAGAGGAGAACCAAUCAGACUAUUUGGAGAAACUGAUUAUGAUGCUUUUCAGCGUUUAAGAAAAAUAGAGAUCCUGACACCAGAAGUUAACAAGGGAUUGAGGAAUGAUCUGAAAGCAGCUUUGGAUAAGAUUGAUCAGCAAUACCUCAAUGAACUUGUGGGUGGUCAAGAGCCUGGAGAGGAAGACACACAGAAUGACUUGAAAGUUCAUGAAGAAAACACCACAAUUGAAGAGUUAGAGGCAUUGGGAGAAUCUUUAGGAAAAGGUGAUGAUCAUAAAGACAUGGACAUCAUUACCAAAUUCCUUAAGUUUCUUCUUGGUGUUUGGGCUAAAGAAUUGAAUGCCAGAGAAGAUUAUGUGAAGCGCAGUGUGCAGGGUAAACUGAACAGUGCUACUCAGAAACAGACCGAGUCCUAUCUCAGACCCCUUUUCAGAAAGCUACGGAAAAGGAAUCUUCCUGCUGAUAUUAAAGAAUCCAUAACAGAUAUUAUUAAAUUCAUGUUACAGAGAGAAUAUGUGAAGGCUAAUGAUGCUUAUCUUCAGAUGGCCAUUGGAAAUGCCCCUUGGCCCAUUGGUGUCACUAUGGUUGGUAUCCAUGCCAGAACGGGUAGGGAGAAGAUUUUCUCCAAGCAUGUUGCACAUGUUUUAAAUGAUGAAACACAGCGGAAAUAUAUUCAGGGAUUGAAGAGGUUAAUGACGAUUUGCCAGAAGCACUUUCCUACAGAUCCAUCAAAAUGUGUGGAGUAUAAUGCACUGUGAGAUCUAUGUAUAACGUGAAGAUAACAAUAAGAAACUUAAGGGAGCAUGAUAUGGACUUCUGCAGUUACCAACAGGAAUGAAGGAAGAAGAAAACGAGUUUCUAGACUCUGGUUCCUACCUAAUGCAACUCGUGGUUUAUUAAGAACUGUCUUGGCUCUCAUAUCACAUCUGACUGCAUACUGAUUUGUGUCUUGCUUUUAUUUUAAAUAGUUGAAAAGCUAAAUUCUAAUAGACUCUUCCCCAUAAUUUAAAUGUGUAAACAGUGGUCACAGAAGGUUUAAAAUGACUCUUUCCCUCUAGACCUGAAAGUUGCAGUUCGAUUAUUAAAAAGAAACAUUUGAGGAUGAACUUAAAUGUUUUUGUAAAAUAUGAAUUUUACAUUGUCUUUUAUGUCAUAUUUUUAGAAAAUAUUUUUAUAUAUUUCAACAAAAAUAUGGAACCAUUUAAUGAAACUUAUAGUCCUUAAUGUUUCUGAACUUUUGCCAUCUUGCAAUAGAACUUGAAUGUAAAUGUUAUGACUGUUUACUCAAAUGUUCUUUUUCUUGCAUUUCAAAGCUUGCUUUUAUCUUCUAAUGAAUGUAAAGUUCAUAUUUGUCAUCUCUUGGGACAGAUAGAAUUAACAGGAAAUAGAAAUUUGAAUAUCAAAGAUAUAUUAUACCCACAGAAGUUCAAACUAAACCACUGUGCAUAGAGGUCAAGGUGGGAAAAUGGACUGUCAAGCCAGCCAAGAAUGGGGACAUUUUGUGCUUCUGGUUCUUCCUAGAAUAGGACUACCUGUAAAUUUCAUCCUCAUGAGACCUGGUGUGGACUGCUAUUCCUAGCUCCAUCCCUCUAAGCAGCAGAGAAGGGUGCCAUUAUUCUCCUCACUGCCUGAGACAGUAGGUCCUGGGACUGAUUUCAACAAAUGAGAACUUCUGAAUCUUGUAGUGUCAUACCCAGAUAAUUGUGAUGAAUCACUGUGCCUGGGGAGUUGAGAGGGCUCAGCUAAUAGAGGAAAGCUGGUAAUACAAUGUUAGCAGACCAGGUGGAGAGGCGGUACCAGAUAGUGGUAAGAGUGGGGCUCUGUCCGAACUCAGAACUUCUAGCUUCAAGUUUUAGCUCUCCACCUGACUGAAUGACUGUGAGUGAGUAACAAUCUUUCUGAGUCUCAGUUUCCUUAUCAGUAAGUAGUAGUUAGUAAUAGUAGCCCAUGCCUCCUGGCAUCAUUGUUGUGUUAUAAGUAAAAAAAAAAAAAAAAAAAAAAGCUUGCUACUGCCUGGCAAAUAAGAGCUCAGUCAACAUUAGUCCUUAUCAUUAGGGUGAAGCCAAAGUAGCUGUCAUGAACCCUGUGGUUACGGGCAGUGUGUGUUCACAUAAUGUAACAGUGGUGGUGUUAGCAGCAGCUAUGGGAAUAGAAACAUUUCUUGCACAUUUACUAUAUGCAGGCUCUGGUGCUCUAACUUUGAGCCAGCUCUGUGCGUAAAAGGAUAGAAGAUGUGGGAGCUAGAGUCAGCUGAGUAGGUAAGUGGAUGUAGCUUCACAGCCACUUAUUCUGGCCCCUCUGGGGAAGGCUUGAAAGCUGGUUUUGGCUACUUGUGUUCCAGGCCUGGGCUUGACUGUUUCUGCUGGUUACUUGCAUGCAUGGUGGCUGAAGCCUACUGUGCUAGAUUGAAUCAGGUUCCUCACCCCCCAACCCACCCCACUUCCCAUUCUGGAAACUGUUUCUUAGACUUUCCUAAAAUAAGACAAUCUAGACCAGGGAUUUUUCAACAAUCUAGCCUCAGCACACUGGUGUGCUGCAAGAACUUUUAAAACGUGCAAUACCUGACUAGUUAGGGCACUGAUCUCUUCUCUUAGAUUGUCAAGUAAAAAAAGACAACAGUCAACACAACAAUAGCUGUCCAGUGUGAAUAAAUCAAAUUAAUACCUAUUUUUUCGUCUGAUCGACAAAACGUAUUUUUGUGUGAGCUACAGAACUUUAGUAAUUAGUUUAUGUGUGCCCUAAGAUGAAAAAGGUUAAAAAUCGCUGAUCUAGACUUUUGCUAUGUAGUCAUAUUGUAUAGGACUAGUUUAUAAAUAUAGUUGACUAAAUACUCCAUUACUUUUUGUUUAUUCACCAGGCCACACAAAGCAUGGCAGUCAGUUAAUUUCACGUUCCUUCCCUUUUGUUAGUUAAUAUGCCACAUAAAGAAGAAACCACAUCACGUGACAGCAGUAUCUUCUAAAAUUGAUCAGUAUGGAUAGACGGUUGUAACAUAUUCUACAGGGCUGUGAAUGUCAACCAUUUUGAGCUUGGUUAGAGGGGGGCAUGUUCGAACUUGUAGAUCCCUCAAAAGUUUUCCAUUUCCUUGAAACUAAAGAUUUCAGAUGACUACAAAUAUCAUAUGGGUAUAUUAAAAGAAAGACCUCUUGCAUUCUCUGAAUCAUGAAAAUUAUAGUUUAGCAGUUACUACAUAUUGUUCUUAGCGCUUUCUAAAACAAUGAAGACAUAUCUUAAAAUCAAUCACAAUCCUGAAAUAACUUUAUUCUUCCCCACCACCUCGGAAUCGUAUCCAAAGUUGUGUCUUAAAACACUGAUUUCCACUCAGAAGUCAAUAAACUACAUUUCCCAGGAAGGAGUAUUCUUGUCAACACUAAAGACUGAGCGAUAUUUUUCAGCAUUGCAGGACAGAGCCUGCAGCAGUCUAGAAGUCAUGGCUGUGACUUCAAUUUUUGGGGAAAAUAAAGCUGAGGUCAAAGAGAGUUGACACAUAUAGAGAACCAUCCACUUGUAGGAAGGAGGGGAGGUCCUGAGAGACCAGAGCUAGGAAGGAAGCCGUCACUAAUAAGAGACGAAAGGGAUCUGCUGUGGGCUCUGAACCCUCAGAAUUGGAGGAAUAGGAAAUAGGAUUGAUAGCAGUACAUUUUUAAAGAUGUUUUUAUUGAUUUCAAGGAGGUCUGUCCA